GCGGACCCGGCUAGUGUCGGAAAGGGACCCUUCAGGCGGCGGGAUGUCCUGGUCCGGCCUUCUCCGUGGCCUCGGCACGUCCCUAAACUGUGAUGAGCACACUGAGGCCCUGAGGUGAACAGUCGUGCUCGGCGGCGGUGGCACAUCACUAAGGAGAGACUUCUAGGAAUCCCCUUUGAGGAUUCUGCUGUCACUUGAGGCAUAAGGAUACAUGAAAAUGGACGGCCUCGCCCUGGUCCCCCGGCCCUGGGCCACGCGCCCCAUGGCCACCCUGAAUCAGAUGCACCGCCUGGGGCCCCCGAAGCAUCCGCCUGGGAAGAUGGGCCCCACUGCGGGCCGGCCGCAGCUGAAGGGCGUGGUCCUGCGCACGUUCAUCCGCAAGCCCAAGAAGCCCAACUCGGCCAACCGCAAGUGCUGCCGCGUGCGCCUCAGCACGGGCCGCGAGGCCGUGUGCUUCAUCCCCGGCGAGGGCCACAGCCUGCAGGAGCACCACGUCGUGCUGGUGCAGGGUGGCCGCACGCAGGACCUGCCCGGCGUCAAGCUCACCGUGGUGCGCGGCAAGUAUGACUGUGGCCACGUGCAGAAGAAGAAGUGACCGCCCGGGACAUGGUGGCAGUUGGGUGUUCAUGCGGAAGAAGAACUUUCCCCGGGGGCGCCUGCAGUAUCCUUGGAAAGCCAGUCCGGCUCUAGAAGGAGCUGGGCCUGGUUCAAACCCUGGCUGCCUCUUCCAUCAGGACCACCCUGAACCCACAGUGGGUGGGCCGUGAGCAAAAGGAGCCCCUCUCCCAACAGCCUUGGUGUCCAUGCAUGGAAUGCUGGCACCAGGGACUGCUUCUGCUGGGACAGGACGCUGUACUGCCAUCUGCUGAGGAGGGCUUGUAAUAAACAUGGACCCCCCACACCCCAGGGUUGUGACCUGAACCCCACUGCAUGGUAUUCGCCCCCCUGUGUGGUCUUGGCAACAGACCUCCCCUCUGGCCUGUUUCCUCUUCCAGAAGAAAACAGCUCCACUUGCAGCACCGCCUUUGUUGGGUUUGGUGAAGAUUAAACUGGAUGCCUUACAUGUGUAACACAUGUAAUGGCUACUCCA